UUAAAGAAUUUCUUGUCAUCAUUUUUCUUGAUAUCUCUCACGUGAGGAGGGAAUCUUUUCUUCUUCCGCCAGGGCCCAAUCGCCUUUGAGGACGUGGCUGUGGAUUUCUCCCUGGAGGAGUGGGUUCUCCUGAAUCCGGACCAGAAAGCCUUGCACAAGCAGAUCAUGGAGGAGAUGAAUGGGAUUGUGGACUCUCUCGUAGAUAACGGGGAGAAGAGCCAUGUAUGCACCAAAUACAGGAAGCAUUUGGGACACAACGGGUGCCUUCAUCGAGACCAGCAAGCCCACAGAGAAGAUGGAGGUUCUGCCAGAGAAAAGCCUGACAAAUGCAAUGUAUGUGGGCAAUGUUUUACCCAAAAUGUGGCACUUGUGAUUCACAAGACACUCAAUGUUGGGAAAAGCCAUCUUAAAGGGAAAGUAUUCGCAAAAUGUGUGGUGAAACACAAGAAAUUUCAUAUAGGUCAGGAACCAAACAGAUGCCAGGAGUGUGGGAAGUGUUUUGCUUACAGUGCACAAUUGGUGAGCCACAAAAGACUCCACACAGGAGAGAAGCCAUACCAAUGCCAGGAGUGUGGGAAAUGUUUUGCUGACACUUCAGCCUUGGUGAAACACAAAAGAUGCCACACAGGAGAGAAGCCAUACCAAUGCCAGGAGUGUGGGAAAUGUUUUGCUGACACUUCAGCCUUGGUGAAACACAAAAGACACCACACAGGAGAGAAGCCAUACAAAUGUGAGGAGUGUGGGAAAUGUUUUGCUUACAGUUCAACCUUGGUGACCCACAAAAGACUCCACACAGGAGAGAAGCCAAAUAAAUGCCAUGAAUGUGGAAAAUGUUUUACUCAGAGUUCAUCCCUUAACCAGCAUCAGAGAACACAUACAGGCUAAAAAACAGCCAUUGUGUGUAAAUGUCUGAUUUCAAACAGGCCCCUUUGAGAAGUUCUGCGUCAGAUUUUAUUUUAUUGCUCUGUUUUUAUAUUGUUGAUGUUCCGGGCUUGGCCCCAUGUAAGCCGCCCCGAGUCCCUUUGGGGAGAUGGGGUGGGGUAUAAAAAUAUUAUUAUUUAUUAUUUA